UACUUUCUCCUCAUACAACUAAGAAUAAAAUUAUUAUUAUUAUUGAUAUGGAAAAUCAAUAUUAUGCACCACCACAUGUGGAUGCAUCUAGGCCUUCUCUAGGAUUUCCUCUGGGCACUGCUGUACUUUUGAUUGUUAUUUUUAGCUUAAGUGGCAUAUUUUCUUGCUGCUAUCAUUGGGAAAAACUGCGCUCCUUAAGACGCUCUUUCGCUGAUUUGGAAUCCGGCCUCCAUUCUACUUCUUUCAAACAUAAGCAAAACCAUACGAAUUGGAAACAAAGCCAGAGGCCAAUUUUGCCAGCAGUUUUAAUGCCAGGUGAUGAAUUUCCCAAAUUCAUAGCAAUGCCAUGUCCAUGUCAGUUUCCGGCAUCGGGAAAAGUUGUUCAAGAGUUGCAGAAAUUGCCGCCACCGUUGCCUUCGCCGCCUAAGCCGCCGCGGACGGUGGCCGCAGUACCUUUCUAUUAAUACAAAAAAAAGGAAAAAAGAUUUCAAUUUUGUAUAUUGUAAAAUUAGCGUAUAGAGUUGUAAUUCCACUCGAAAUUCCAAUCUGUUUUACUUGUAAAUACUAAUGAAAUUUGAACAAUUCCAUUGCUAC